UAUUUUGCGUCUAGCUGCCACACAGCGGUUAGCGCGUGUGGCCGGCCAUUGUGGUUGCCAUGCCGUUGGGCAUCAACCUCUUUGGAAAGGGACAUACGCAAGAAGCACAACAGGAGUCGGCGAAGGAAAUGGUGCGCGACUGGCAACGGAAGCUGCGCAGCGAAGUGCGCGGCGUGGAUCGGAGCAUUAGGAAGAUCGAGCAAGAGGAAGAUAAGAUCCGAAAAGAGAUCAAGGACAUGGCCAAGGCCAAUGGCGAUCCCAAGAGCAUCCAGAUGUUGGCUAAGUCUCUGGUCCGCUCUGGCAAGGGCAAGGCGCGGCUCUACACCAGCCGCUCCAUCAUGCAGUCCGCUGCUGCGGAGUUGGAGACGACAGCGGCCACCAUGCGGCUCAGUGACUCCAUGAGCAAAUCCACCGAGGUGAUGAAGCAGAUGAAUUCCUUGGUUCGCAUCCCCGAGAUGGAGGAGUCGAUCAGUUCCAUGAAGCGUGAGAUGAUGCGCGCGGGUUUGAUUGAGGAAAUGUUGGAUGAAGGAAUGGAAGAGAUGGAUGGUCCCGAGUUGGAAGAGGAGGCAGAAGUCGAGGUGGACAAAGUUCUGGAGGAUCUGGCAAUCGACGCCUCGGUGCGCAUGGCGGUGACGCGGCCACAGGCUGCCGGGCAGUUGGCGCCGGCGCAAGCCGCUCCGGUGGGCGAGUCACGGCAGGCUGUGACUGGUGGAUACGCCACGUAGAGCCAGGCAUGGCUUGAGUCAGGCUUCGGGCGCUCAGUUGUCCUAGGUAAGUUGGUGCUAGGCUAUAGAACUGCGCUAG